CUUCAUCCACCACUUUCGAAUUCAAACUCUGUACAGUUCUCUCUCUCUCUCUCUCUCUCUCUCUCUCCUCUCUUUCUCUCUCUAUCUCGCUCAAAGCCUUCAUCUUCUUCUUCUUCUUCUUCGCGACGAUGAGGUCCAACAACAGCACAGAGGCCAGUUCGGAGACUCGGUUUCUCGGAAACAUCUCGGCCUCGUCGAUCCGAAACCUACUUCCGAGAUCCAUGUCCGCAAAGAAGAAGUCCAACUCUAAUCUCAGAAUCUCCAAAUCGAACGCAGAAAACACUCCGCCCAUCGAUCGAAACAUCAUCAGCGGCGGCCAGGUCUCGCCUGUCGCCGUGAAGAAACCGCUUUUGGAUGUUUCGAAAACGCAGCUGGAGCUCGUCCGAUCGGAAGUUAAGGCCGAGACGCGAGCGUCUGUGGAUUCGGAUCCACCAGUGAAGGUUGUUGUGAGAAUUAGACCUCCUAAUGGUAGUGAAAGAGUGAAAGAUCGAACUUUGAAGAAGGUUUUGCCUGAUAUGGUAACGGUUGGAGAUCGGAAAUUUACCUUCGAUUCGGUUUUCGAUUCAAAAGCCAACCAGGAAGAUGUUUUUCAAUGUGUUGGUGUCCCAUUGGUUAGGGAUGCUUUAGCUGGUUACAACACUUCCAUUGUGUCAUAUGGCCAGAGUGGUAGUGGAAAGACCUACACAAUGUGGGGUCCACCAAGCGCCAUGGUUGAUGACCCUUCUCCUCUUAGUUCCCAGGGCAUUGCUCCUCGUGUCUUCCAGAUGUUAUUUUCUGAGAUUGAGAAAGAGCAAAAUAAUUUUGAUGGGAAACAGAUAAAUUUUCAAUGCCGUUGCUCUUUUCUUGAGAUAUACAAUGAACAAAUAGGGGAUUUGAUUGAUCCGACCCUGCGGAAUCUCGAGAUUAAGGAUGAUGAAAAAAAUGGAUUGUAUGUUGAGAAUUUGACAGAAGAAUACGUGACUGGCUAUGAGGAUGUUGAGCAGAUUUUGAUUAAGGGGCUUUCAAGUAGAAAAGUUGGAACAACUAGUGUGAAUUCGAAAAGCUCUAGGUCCCACAUUGUUUUUACUUUUAUCAUGGAGUCCUGGAGUAAGGAUACCACAUCGAAGUGUUUUGGUUGUUCAAAGACAAGCAGAAUCAACCUUGUUGAUCUUGCUGGUUUAGAUAGGAAAAAAAUUGAUGUUGCCGGUACUACAAAGGAAGGGAAAAGUGUAAAGAAGUCCUUGUCGCGGCUUGGACAUUUGGUAAAUACUCUGGCAAAAGAACCUCAGUCUGGCAAGCCUGAAGAUGCUCUAUACAAAGGUUCCUGCUUAACACACUUAAUGCGAGAAUCACUUGGUGGCAAUUCUAAACUCACAGUGCUCUGUGCCAUCUCCCCCGAUAACAACAAUGAUGGAGAAAUACUUGGAACAUUGCGGUUUGGAGAACGAGUGAAAUGUAUUAGAAACAAGCCAGUGAUAAAUGAGAUAACAGAGGAUGAUGUUAAUGAUUUGAGUGACCAAAUUCGUCAGCUGAAGGAAGAACUUAUUAGAGCAAAGUCUAGUGCAAACUCAGUUGCAAGUAAGCACGGGCACUUUCAAGGAAGGAAUGUACGUGAUAGCUUGAAUCUGUUAAGAGUGAGCCUUAAUCGCUCAUUACUAUUACCUCCCAUAGACAACGAAUCUGAUGAAGAGGUAAAUAUUGAUGAGGAUGAUGUCAGAGAACUACAACAGCAGCUAGAAAAGUUGGGUAAAUCUUGUGAAGAGAAUUUUAGAGACCAAAAAUCCAGCGAUGGAGAUUCCGCCCAGUUGGUUGAAAGUGGUGAGACAGAUCUGAUGAGUGAAGAUGAUUUAGAUGGUCCAGAAGAAACAGAAAUUGAAGAAAUCAGUCUUGAAAAAUCUGAGAAUGAGCUUCAUAAGGAAAACAUAGCAUUGACAGAUGACAUUCGAGGUUCCCCAAACAGCUUGAGGGCUAUUAAUUCCGAAUUCAGAAAAAGCAUUUCAAUUAGCUCAUGCAAGCCUGCAAUCCUCCAAGAGCCAAUGUUGACGGAGUCUCCAAAAAUCGGAAAAAACCUUAGGAAAAGUGUGGUUAUUUCAUCAAGCUAUCCAGUCACUACAAACAAUGUUGCAGAGGAUUCCAACGCUAAAUCAGACGAAUUGAGACAGUCUAUCCGGUCUUCUUUGCGUUCAAGCAAGAUAUUUCCAGGUCCUGCAGAGUCGUUGGCUGCAAGCCUUCAAAGGGGCUUGGAUAUCAUUGAUCACCAUCAAAGGAAUUCCGCAUCAAACAAAUCUACAGUUUCUUUCUCUUUUGAGCAUUUGACACUGCAACCAUGUCCGGAGGUUGAUAAAACUAGUUCUCCUGAGAAGACAUUCCUUUGUGCAUCUUGCAAAAGACAAGUCCACAAUAAAGACUCUGACGAGGUCCAGGAUAGUUUAAAGACAUGGAUUGUACCAGUCAAAGAAGCAGGAAAUUCUGAGCAGAUGACAGAGGAAGUAAAAAAGGAUGCAAAGAACUUAAUGGAAGAAGUUGCAAAGAGAGAGGAGCUUGAAAAUCGCUGUAUGGAACAAGCAGCCAAAAUUGAGCAGCUGAAUCAAUUGAUUGAGCAAUAUAAACGUGAGGGUCACAAUUCUAAUUCAGAAAACUGUCAAGAUAUCAGUACUCCUGGUUUUGUGUCUACAACGAAUGAAAUAAUAUCCUUUGAGGAGUCUAGAAAUGAGGAAGGUCAUUCGUCCAGGGAAGAAAAAACGCUUUUAAGGUGCAUUUCUGACAAUAAUCAUCAGCCAGAGAUUAUAAAAGAGAACUAUGAAAUAAAGGAAGUUCAGAAUGAAUCAGUUUUUGAUGUGAACGAGAAGGAAGCACUUCUUAAGGAGAUUCAAAUGUUAAGAAGCAAGCUGCAGUUGCAAACUGAAGCAUGUCCUACCAAGUCUACUGAAAAAUUGAGGUCAUCAUUAUUGUCACGAUCCAUCCAACUGCGAAAAAGUGCCAUCUUCCAAAACAAUAACGAUGAAGAACUUGAGAAAGAAAGACAAAGAUGGACAGAGAUGGAAAGCGAGUGGAUUUCCUUAACCGAGGAUCUCAGAAUUGAUCUUGACAUGCAUCGUAGACGAGCAGAGAAAGUGGAGAUGCAAUUGAAUUCACAGAAGGAGUGCACCGAAGAGUUAGACGACGCACUUAACAGAGCUGUUCUUGGUCACGCUAGAAUUAUUGAACACUAUGUUGAGCUUCAGGAGAAGUACAAUGACUUGGUUACAAAACACCGCGCUAUCAUGGAAGGGAUAGCAGAUGUGAAGAGGGCAGCAGCCAAGGCAGGAAAGAAAGGUCAGGGUUCUCGUUUCGCUAAAUCUCUCGCUGCGGAACUCUCUGCAAUGAGAGUGGAAAGGGAGAAGGAGAGGGAGAUUUUGAAGAAAGAAAACAGGAGUCUCAAGAUUCAACUUAGAGAUACUGCAGAAGCUGUUCACGCUGCUGGUGAACUCCUAGUUAGGCUUAGAGAAGCUGAACAUGCAUCUUCAGUUGCAGAGGAGAACUUUGCGAAUGCGCAACAAGACAAUGAGAAGUUGAAGAAGCAAAUGGAGAAGUUGAAAAGAAAGCACAAGAUGGAGAUGGUGACCAUGAAGCAGUACAUGGCAGAGAGCAGAUUGCCAGAAUCUGCACUACAACCACUCUACAGGGAAGAUUCGGACAUACCACAAAGCACAAUCCCGGAUGAUGACCAGGCCUGGAGAGCGGAAUUCGGAGCCAUAUAUCAAGACCACCAUUAUUGACUCUGCUCAAAAGCUCGGAGGAGUUUAGCUCCAUGAAAUGAAAGUUGCACAAUUCUGUUGUUUGUUUUGAUUUGAUUUGAUUUGCAUGGCGCACCCUACUUGGGUUCAUGCUUAUUACAUGCAACUGUGUUGUUACUUUCGUCUUAUAUUCUUUCGGUGUAUGAUUCUUUGGUUUGGUUGUGAUUAACUUUCUUAGAAGGCAGAUGAGAUUGCAAUGAGUAUUGAGGAUAAUAAUUUGUUUGAA